AUGGUAGCUCUUUCGCUGAAGAUCUGUGUCCGUCAGUGCAACGUGGUGAAGACGAUGCAGUUUGAGCCAUCCACUGCAGUGUAUGAUGCCUGCAGAGUGAUCCGUGAGCGGGUGCCAGAGGCUCAGACAGGGCAGGCCUCUGACUAUGGAUUGUUCUUGUCAGACGACGACCCUCGGAAAGGUAUAUGGCUGGAGGCUGGAAGAACACUGGAUUAUUACAUGCUGAGAAAUGGGGAUAUAUUGGAGUAUAAAAAGAAACAGAGACCUCAAAAAAUACGUAUGUUGGAUGGUUCAGUGAAAACAGUGAUGGUGGAUGAUUCUAAAACAGUUGGUGAAUUGCUGGUUACCAUUUGCAGCAGGAUAGGGAUAACCAAUUAUGAGGAAUAUUCCUUAAUCCAGGAGAGCGUCGAGGAGAAGAAAGAGGAGAGCACAGGAACACUUAAGAAAGACAGGACACUGCUACGUGAUGAAAGGAAAAUGGAAAAACUGAAGGCCAAGCUGCACACGGAUGAUGAUCUGAACUGGCUGGACCACAGCCGCACGUUCCGGGAGCAGGGCGUGGACGAGAGCGAGACGCUCCUGCUCAGGAGAAAGUUCUUCUACUCGGACCAGAAUGUGGAUUCCAGGGAUCCUGUGCAGCUCAACCUGCUCUAUGUUCAGGCUCGUGAUGACAUUCUGAAUGGUUCCCACCCUGUCUCCUUUGAGAAGGCCUGUGAGUUUGGAGGCUUUCAAGCACAGAUCCAGUUUGGACCUCAUGUAGAACACAAACACAAACCUGGAUUUUUAGACCUAAAAGAAUUUCUGCCUAAAGAAUAUACCAAACAAAGAGGGGCUGAAAAGAGAAUAUUUCAGGAGCACAAGAACUGUGGUGAGAUGACUGAAAUCGAAGCCAAAGUCAAGUAUGUGAAGCUGGCCCGUUCCCUGAGGACCUAUGGAGUGUCCUUUUUCCUUGUGAAGGAAAAAAUGAAAGGCAAGAACAAGCUGGUUCCUCGUUUGCUGGGCGUCACCAAGGACUCGGUGAUGCGCGUGGACGAGAAGACCAAGGAGGUGCUGCAGGAGUGGCCACUGACCACGGUGAAACGCUGGGCUGCCUCGCCAAAGAGCUUCACUCUGGAUUUUGGUGAAUAUCAGGAAAGCUAUUACUCUGUACAGACCACUGAAGGAGAACAGAUCUCUCAGUUAAUUGCAGGUUACAUUGAUAUCAUUCUAAAGAAGAAACAAAGUAAAGAUAGAUUUGGGCUUGAAGGUGAUGAGGAAUCAACCAUGUUGGAAGAAUCUGUAUCACCUAAGAAGCCCACCAUUCUGCAGCAGCAGUUCAACCGCACGGGGAAGGUGGAGCAUGGCUCUGUGGCACUGCCUGCAGUCAUGCGCUCGGGCUCCAGCGGCCCCGAGACCUUCAACAUUGGCAUCAUGCCUUCCCCCCAGCAGCAGGUCACCGUGGGCCAGAUGCACAGAGGACAUAUGCCCCCCCUUACCUCAGCUCAGCAGGCCCUGAUGGGGACCAUCAACACCAGUAUGCAUGCUGUCCAGCAGGCACAGGCUGACCUCAGUGAAGUGGAUAACCUGCCACCUCUAGGGCAGGACAUGGCAUCACGAGUGUGGGUUCAGAACAAGGUUGAUGAGUCCAAGCAUGAAAUACACUCUCAGGUUGAUGCAAUCACUGCAGGAACUGCUUCUGUUGUUAACCUUACAGCAGGGGACCCAGUUGACACUGAUUACACUGCUGUGGGAUGUGCAAUUACUACCAUCUCGUCCAACCUCACCGAGAUGUCCAAAGGUGUGAAACUCCUUGCUGCUCUCAUGGAUGAUGAGGUUGGGAGUGGAGAAGACCUCCUGAAAGCUGCUCGGACAUUGGCCAGUGCUGUCUCAGACUUGCUGAAGGCUGUGCAACCUACUUCAGGGGAGCCUCGCCAGACGGUGCUGAGUGCAGCUGGCAGCAUUGGGCAGGCGAGUGGGGAGCUGCUGAGGCAGAUUGGAGAGAAUGAGACAGAUGAAAGGUUCCAGGAUGUCCUGAUGAGUUUGGCCAAAGCUGUUGCAAACGCUGCUGCCAUGUUAGUGCUGAAGGCCAAGAACGUGGCGCAGGUGGCUGAGGACACAGUCCUGCAGAACAGGGUCAUUGCUGCUGCUACCCAGUGUGCACUCUCCACUUCCCAGCUCGUGGCUUGUGCUAAGGUGGUGAGUCCCACCAUCAGCUCUCCCGUGUGUCAGGAGCAGCUGAUUGAGGCAGGGAAGCUGGUGGACCGUUCUGUGGAGAACUGUGUGAGGGCCUGCCAGGCUGCCACAGACGACCCCGAGCUGCUGAAGCAGGUCAGUGCGGCCGCCAGCGUGACCAUCAUGUGUGUCACAGAGAGCAUCUUCAGCUCCAUGGGAGACGCUGGUGAGAUGGUGAGGCAGGCCAGGGUCCUGGCCCAGGCCACCUCGGAUCUGGUCAAUGCCAUGAGGUCGGACGCCGAGGCAGAAAUCGACAUGGAGAACUCCAAGAAGCUCCUGGCGGCCGCCAAGCUCCUGGCAGACUCCACAGCUCGCAUGGUUGAAGCUGCAAAGGGAGCUGCAGCCAACCCCGAGAACGAGGAGCAGCAGCAGCGGCUGCGCGAGGCGGCCGAGGGACUGCGCGUGGCCACCAACGCUGCCGCGCAGAACGCCAUCAAGAAGAAGAUUGUCAACAGGCUGGAGAUUGCAGCUAAACAAGCUGCAGCUGCUGCUACUCAGACUAUUGCAGCUUCCCAGAAUGCAGCAGUUUCCAACAAGAACACAGCAGCCCACCAGCAACUUGUGCAGAGCUGCAAGAAUGUUGCAGACCACAUUCCUCAGCUGGUGCAGGGUGUCCGAGGAAGCCAAGCUCAGGCCGAAGACCUCAGUGCCCAACUUGCUUUAAUAAAUUCCAGCCAGAAUUUCCUGCAGCCUGGAAGUAAAAUGGUGGCAUCUGCUAAGGCUGCAGUCCCCACGGUGACUGACCAGGCAGCAGCAAUGCAGCUGAGCCAGUGUGCCAAGAACCUGGCGACCAGCCUGGCCGAGCUGCGCACUGCCUCACAGAAGGCUCAUGAAGCAUGUGGCCCCAUGGAAAUCGAUUCUGCUCUGAACACGGUGCAGACGCUGAAGAACGAACUGCAGGAUGCGAAGAUGGCAGCAGUGGAGGGACAGCUGAAGCCUCUCCCGGGAGAAACUCUUGAGAAAUGCACUCAGGACCUGGGAAGCACAUCCAAAGCCGUUGGUUCUUCGAUGGCCCAGCUGUUAACUUGUGCUGCUCAAGGCAACGAGCACUACACAGGAGUUGCUGCCAGAGAAACUGCUCAGGCUUUGAAGACUUUGGCCCAGGCAGCACGAGGGGUCGCAGCGUCCACUACUGACCCUGUGGCAGCACAUGCAAUGUUGGACUCGGCAAGGGAUGUCAUGGAAGGCUCUGCUAUGCUGAUCCAGGAGGCCAAGCAGGCCCUGGCUGCCCCAGGGGAUGCAGACAGGCAGCAGAGAUUAGCCCAGGUGGCAAAAGCAGUGUCUCACUCCUUGAACAACUGUGUGAAUUGUCUGCCUGGACAAAAGGAUGUGGACGUGGCCUUGAAGAGUAUUGGGGAGUCUAGCAAGAAGCUCCUUGUCGAUUCGCUACCUCCAAGUUCCAAGUCAUUUCAAGAAGCUCAGAGUGAGCUGAACCAGGCAGCAGCAGACCUGAACCAGUCAGCAGGAGAAGUUGUCCAUGCUACACGGGGCCAGAGUGGGGAACUGGCUGCAGCCUCUGGAAAGUUCAGUGAUGACUUUGAUGAAUUUCUCGAUGCUGGUAUUGAAAUGGCUGGGCAGGCACAAACUAAAGAGGAUCAGAUUCAAGUAAUAGGUAACCUCAAGAGUAUCUCCAUGGCUUCCAGCAAGCUGUUACUAGCAGCCAAAUCUCUGUCUGUCGAUCCUGGAGCUCCCAAUGCCAAGAACCUCUUAGCAGCAGCAGCAAGAGCUGUGACUGAGAGUAUAAACCAGCUCAUCACCCUGUGCACCCAGCAAGCUCCCGGGCAGAAGGAAUGUGAUAAUGCACUCAGAGAACUGGAGACUGUAAAGGGGAUGCUGGAUAACCCCAACGAACCCGUCAGCGAUCUCUCCUAUUUUGACUGCAUUGAGGGUGUAAUGGAGAACUCCAAGGUUCUUGGAGAAUCCAUGGCAGGCAUUUCCCAGAACGCGAAAACUGGAGAUCUCUUAGUCUUUGGAGAAUGUGUUGGGGUUGCAUCCAAGGCUCUCUGUGGCCUCACAGAGGCAGCAGCUCAGGCCGCGUACCUGGUGGGUAUCUCGGAUCCCAACAGUCAGGCUGGGCAGCAGGGCCUGGUGGACCCGAUUCAGUUUGCCAGAGCCAACCAAGCAAUCCAGAUGGCUUGUCAGAACUUGGUGGAUCCAGCCAGCAGCCCCUCACAGGUGUUAUCAGCAGCCACAAUUGUGGCCAAACAUACUUCUGCUUUGUGCAACGCUUGUCGCAUUGCUUCGUCCAAAACUGCAAAUCCUGUUGCCAAGAGACACUUUGUGCAGUCUGCCAAGGAAGUUGCAAACAGCACUGCUAACCUGGUUAAAACCAUCAAGGCACUGGAUGGAGAUUUCUCUGAGGAGAACCGCAACAAGUGCAGAAUUGCCACUGCCCCUUUGAUAGAAGCUGUGGAAAACCUGACAGCGUUUGCUUCCAAUCCAGAGUUUGUCAGCAUACCAGCACAGAUCAGCAGUGAGGGGUCACGAGCACAGGAGCCAAUUUUAGUUUCUGCCAGGACGAUGUUGGAGAGCUCCUCAUUGCUGAUCAAAACUGCUCGUUCCCUGGCUAUCAACCCCAAAGACCCUCCCACCUGGUCUGUGCUGGCUGGGCAUUCCCACACAGUCUCAGAUUCCAUCAAGAGUCUUAUCACCUCCAUCAGGGACAAGGCCCCAGGGCAGCGAGAGUGUGAUUUCUCCAUCGAUGGCAUCAACAGGUGCAUCAGAGACAUCGAGCAGGCCUCCCUCGCUGCUGUGAGCCAGAGCCUGGCCACCAGGGACGACAUCUCGGUGGAGGCUCUCCAGGAGCAGCUGACGUCAGUCGUGCAGGAGAUAGGGCACCUCAUCGAUCCCAUCGCCACCGCGGCGCGCGGAGAGGCAGCUCAGCUGGGGCACAAGGUAACACAGCUGGCGAGUUACUUUGAGCCCCUGGUUUUAGCCGCGGUUGGUGUGGCGUCCAAGACACUAAAUCAUCAGCAGCAGAUGACUGUGCUGGACCAGAGCAAGACACUAGCAGAAUCUGCCUUACAGAUGCUGUAUGCUGCCAAAGAAGGGGGAGGAAACCCCAAGGCAUCUCACACCCAUGAUGCAAUCACUGAGGCUGCUCAGCUGAUGAAGGAGGCUGUGGAUGACAUCAUGGUUACCUUAAAUGAGGCUGCAAGUGAAGUUGGCAUGGUUGGAGGUAUGGUAGACUCGAUUGCAGAGGCAAUGACCAAGCUGGAUGAAGGCACACCUCCGGAUCCGAAGGGAACCUUUGUUGAUUAUCAGACCACUGUGGUGAAAUAUUCUAAAGCCAUUGCUGUAACUGCACAGGAAAUGAUGACUAAGUCGGUUACUAACCCGGAGGAGUUGGGAGGACUUGCAUCGCAAAUGACCAGUGACUAUGGGCAUUUGGCUCUCCAGGGCCGAAUGGCUGCGGCUACGGCAGAACCAGAGGAGAUCGGUUUCCAGAUCAGGACUCGGGUGCAGGAACUUGGCCACGGAUGUAUCUUUCUUGUGCAAAAAGCUGGAGCUCUCCAGAUUUGCCCUACAGACAGCUACACCAAGAGGGAGUUGAUAGAAUGUGCUCGUGCUGUCACGGAAAAGGUCUCCUUGGUGUUGUCAGCCCUCCAGGCAGGGAACAAAGGCACUCAGGCCUGUAUUACUGCAGCCAGCGCCGUGUCGGGGAUCAUCGCGGACCUGGACACCACCAUCAUGUUCGCCACUGCCGGGACCCUGAACGCCGAGAACAACGAGUCCUUCGCCGACCACCGGGAAAAUAUCCUGAAAACAGCAAAAGCUUUAGUUGAAGACACAAAAUUGUUGGUUUCUGGUGCUGCCUCAAGUCAGGACAAACUGGCCCAAGCAGCUCAGUCAUCAGCUAACACCAUCACUCAGCUUGCUGAGGUAGUAAAGUUGGGAGCGGCUAGCUUGGGAUCCGAUGAUCCUGAAACACAGGUUGUCCUCAUCAAUGCUAUCAAGGAUGUUGCAAAGGCCCUUUCUGAUCUCAUUGGUGCUACCAAAGGAGCUGCCAGCAAACCAGCAGAUGAUCCAUCCAUGUACCAGCUGAAAGGUGCUGCCAAGGUGAUGGUAACAAAUGUCACGUCGCUCCUGAAGACUGUCAAAGCAGUAGAAGAUGAAGCUACUCGAGGGACAAGAGCUCUUGAGGCCACAAUUGAGUACAUCAAACAGGAGCUGACGGUGUUCCAGUCCAGCGAGGUUCCAGAGAAGACAUCAUCCCCUGAAGAGUCAAUCCGGAUGACCAAAGGCAUCACCAUGGCGACGGCCAAAGCGGUGGCUGCUGGGAACUCGUGUCGCCAGGAGGAUGUGAUCGCCACGGCCAACCUGAGCCGCAAGGCCGUGGCUGACAUGCUGACAGCCUGCAAGCAAGCCUCCUAUCACCCAGAUGUGAGCGAAGAAGUUCGAGGGAAAGCCUUGCGCUUCGGGACAGAGUGUACUCUGGGGUACUUGGAACUCCUGGAGCAUGUUCUCCUGAUUCUCCAGAAACCAACUCCAGAGCUAAAGCAUCAGUUGGCCUCGUUCUCCAAGCGAGUUGCUGGUGCUGUUACAGAGCUCAUCCAGUCAGCAGAAGCAAUGAAAGGGACAGAGUGGGUGGAUCCAGAAGACCCAACAGUUAUUGCAGAGACAGAGCUGCUAGGGGCUGCAGCAUCAAUUGAGGCUGCAGCAAAGAAGUUAGAGCAGCUGAAACCAAGAGCCAAGCCCAAGCAAGCAGAUGAGACUCUGGAUUUUGAAGAACAGAUCCUGGAAGCAGCUAAGUCCAUUGCAGCUGCUACCAGUGCCCUGGUGAAAUCAGCCUCAGCAGCCCAGAGAGAACUGGUGGCACAGGGAAAGGUUGGAGCAAUCCCUGCCAAUGCAGCUGAUGAUGGACAGUGGUCUCAGGGACUUAUUUCCGCUGCCCGCAUGGUGGCAGCUGCCACCAGCAAUCUCUGUGAAGCAGCUAAUGCCUCCGUGCAAGGCCAUGCUAGCGAGGAGAAGCUCAUCUCAUCUGCCAAACAAGUGGCUGCUUCUACAGCACAGCUGCUUGUGGCUUGCAAAGUGAAGGCUGAUCAUGACUCUGAAGCCGUGAGGAGGCUCCAGGCUGCAGGAAACGCCGUCAAACGCGCGUCCGACAGCCUGGUGAGGGCGGCGCAGAAAGCUGCGUUCGGCAAGGCCGAGGACGACGACGUCGUGGUCAAGACCAAGUUUGUGGGUGGCAUUGCUCAGAUCAUUGCAGCCCAGGAAGAAAUGCUGAAGAAGGAAAGAGAGCUGGAGGAGGCAAGGAAAAAACUGGCCCAGAUCCGCCAACAGCAAUACAAAUUUCUACCCACAGAGCUGAGAGAAGAUGAGGGUUAA